AAUCUCAAAAACCUCAAAAGGAGAGAGAGAUAGGGAGAGAGAGAGAUAGAGAUAGAGAAGGGAGAGAGAGAGAAGGGGAGGGAGAGAGGGAUGAAUUGACCAUCCGGCCGACGACCGUGAUCGAGAAUCUGACGUUUUCAGCGGCUGAAACAAUGGGGCAGCAAGGGGGACUAGCAGACGCCGAUUGCCGGCGCGCGAAUUUUCCGGUGAAUAUGUCUUCAACUUUCUACAGGAUGAUUGUUUCUUCUAUCAUCCAGGACAAGAAACUGAAAAUUCCAGGGAAGUUUGUCAAGAAGCUUGGUUAUGAACUUCCUGCUGUUGCUACUCUCACAACUCCAAAUGGUUGUGCUUGGCGAGUGAGGUUAAAGAAAAUAGAAGACAAAGUUUGGUUCAGCGAUGGUUGGCAUGAAUUUGUAGAGCACCAGUCUAUCCGUGUGGGCUUCCUUUUAGUCUUCACAUUUGAAGGAAAUUCUAAGUUCAGAGUGAAUAUUUAUGAUAUGGCUAAUGCUGAGAUAAAAUAUCAGUGUGAUACUCUGAGUAGUUCAGUAGGACCUAGUGGUGGCAACCAAUAUGCAGUACCUUAUAGAGAUGGAGGAGAAUAUAAUUAUUCAGUUGGAUUCUUGAAGUACCAUCCUUCCUGCCAAGUAUCCCCAUUCUUGGAAAACAGCAUGUUUGGUGAAACUGUGGCUCAUCAAAAACUUGGUAAAAGUUAUGAUCAACCAUUACUUCAGAAAGGGAUAAGAGAAGCUGAUGGUAUCUUCAGUGGAACUGAACUUAGAAACUCUAGAUUUAAGGUCGAUGGAGAAAAAUCACAUGUAGGUAUUGUACAGUCAGCAGCUCGAUCCACUCGAGACAUAGGUAUUCAGUGUAAUUAUGGUGAACUUGUGACAUCUGCCUAUGAAAUUAAGUUGCAGUCACUGCAUCAAAGGGCUGAAAGCAGAAAAAGGAAACGUGGAACUGGAUCUUCUGACCUUGAAUCAUCAGCUAAGCUUGGAAGUGAAAUACAAAUACCUGGACGUGAAACAAGUAGUGGAAAUUUCUUGAGGAAGUCAAGAGUUGUAACACCUGAGGAAAAGGAAAGAGUGCUUAAUGCAGCAAAAAUGUUUCAGUCUGAAAAUCCAUUCUGCAGAGUUAUCCUACGGCGAUCGUAUAUAUACAAGGGAAUAGGCUUGCAUAUGCCCUCCUCCUUUGCCGAAAAGUAUCUCGGUGGGGUUUCAGGAUUCAUCACACUUCAGGGUUCUAAUGGGGAAAAGUGGCCUGUCCGGUGCAUGUGGAGAGAUGGUUCUGCUAAGUUGAGCAAGGGGUGGCUUGAAUUUGUUUGGGACAACAAGUUGGAGGAAGGAGACGUUUGUGUCUUUGAGCGGCUCAGGGUGGAGGAGGUUGUACUGAAAGUUGCCAUUUUUCGCAUUUCUGAAGAUGGAGGACCGAACCAAUAUCCAAACAGACAUCUCAGCCGAACCAUCCAAUUUUCCAGCAAUCAUGAUCUAAAUGGUUGA